CCUUGCUGCAUUCACGACGUCAUUUUUGUCCGACGCAUCAACACAUUCCUGCUCGGCUCUGCAAACACACACGCGGAAGAUGGAGUUGAGUUCUGGCUGGCUGCUGCUCCUCUUCCUCUCUGCCCCGGUGUGGUCGGUGCCCAUCGAUCGCGAUGGAGCCCAGCAGGCGCCCAAAGAGGAGGUGCAGGAAGAAAACAUGGACACCGGCCUGUAUUAUGACCGGUAUCUCAGAGAGGUGAUCGAGGUUCUGGAGACCGAUCCUCACUUCAGAGAGAAGCUGCAGACGGCUAACACGGAAGACAUCAAGAACGGGCGUCUCAGCAAGGAGCUGGACCUGGUCAGCCACCACGUCCGGACCCGGCUGGACGAGCUGAAGCGGCAGGAGGUGUCUCGUCUCCGGAUGCUGCUGAAGGCCAAGCUGGACAGCACCAACACACAGAGCCUCCAGAUGGAUCACGCCUCGCUGCUGAAGCAGUUUGAACAUCUGGAUCCUCACAAUCAAAACACCUUUGAGGCCAAAGACCUGGAGCUGCUGAUUUCAACAGCCACCAAAGACCUGGAGAACUACGACGCUGAGAGACACGAUGAGUUCAAACGAUACGAGAUGCUGAAGGAGCACGAGAGGCGGGAGUAUCUGAAGGGUCUGGACCAGGAGAAGAGGGAGAAAGAGGAGAAGCGGAUGCUGGAGCUGAAGGAGAAACACCGCCAGCAUCCCAAAGUCAACGCUCCGGGUAGCGUUGCUCAGCUGCGGGAAGUUUGGGAGGAGACGGAUGGGUUGGAUCCUCAGGAGUUCAACCCCAAAACCUUCUUCAAACUGCACGAUACAAAUGAAGACGGUGUUUUAGACGAGCAGGAGUUAGAAGCUCUCUUCACAAAGGAGCUCGAGAAGGUCUACGACCCGAAGAAUGAGGAGGACGACAUGAUGGAGAUGGAGGAAGAGAGGCUGAGGAUGAGGGAGCAUGUCAUGAAGAAUGUGGAUGCGAACAAAGACCGACUCGUCACUCUGGAGGAGUUCCUCAAAUCCACAGAGAAGAAGGAGUUCAGCAAUCCCAAGGAGUGGGAGACCCUGGACACCAAGCAGGUGUACUCGGAGGAGGAGCUGACGAGGUUCGAGGUGGAGCUCCGGGACAAGGAGGAGGAGCUGAAGAGGAAGGCGGAGACUCUCCGGCAGGAGCAGGAACUGCUGAGGGAGAGGGGCAAAGCCCUGGAGGCCCAGAGGAGAGAGUACCAGCAGGCGGUUCUGGAGAUGUCUCAGAGGCAGAAAGACAAGCAGGCGGCCGAAGUGAAGCCCCCCGUGGGUCCCAACGGAGAGCUGCAGUUUCUGGCACAGACGCACAAACCUGAAGAGGCCAAAGCCCCGGCUGAAGUCCAAAGCCACCUGCCUGCAGAACCUCCACAGAACCUGCCCGUGCACACUUAAAGCAGCUCCUAUGUGAAAUAUCAGUGUGUGUGUGUGUGUGUUUGUGUAAAUUCUGACAGACGGGCUUGUUUUUAUCAUGACAUACUGUGCUGUGUGUUCAUCGCUGUGGUCUAUAUUAGAUUCAAAAUUUCAAAACACCAGCUCUGAGUCUAAGUCCAAGUGUGUUCAGGUAUUUUCCGUUUCAGUGAAGCUUUUCAUUCAUGCAGUCUUCUAUGUAAAAUAACAUAGAUCAUCGAAUAAAGUCUUAAUUUAACACAUCCGAACUAAGCUUCUUGAGCUUGUGCUAUUUUAGGGAGCUGGGGGGAAAAAAAAGGAUAAACAUGUCAGAAAAUGUAUCUUGUGGUUGUGGAUUUGUCUGUUUUUAAAGGUGUCAUUAAAAUUGGGUCGAGGCCUG